AUGGAUAUUGGGCAGAGGCAAACCAAACACUUGAAUAGCAGCAUCAAGAACAAUAUGGUGAAGUUUCUACUCAAGCACAGCCAUGAUGGAGUGCUCGCAAGAGGGGCUGUUAUGGAGGCAGCAGAGACAUUUGAAGUCAGUAGGAAAACCGUGUACAGGCUGUGGAAGGCAGCCAAGGAGCAGAUGCAAAGGGGAGAACCUGCAAUGAUGCAAGGAAAGAUUAAAGGAUACCAUCAUGCUGACAAAUUUGUACUUGAUGAAGAAAAGGUUAGAAACUUAUCUACUCUUGAGAGAGCUUCAUUGAGGAAAAUGGUUGUCAAAUUAAAUAUGAGCAAGAGCACAUUAGGUCAGUGGGUAAAGCAAGGAAAACUAAGGCCACAUACAAAUGCAAUCAAACCUGCUCUCACCAAUAUCAAUAAGCUAGCAAGGGUUAGAUGGAGUCUUAGUCAACUUCAGCCACAAAUUACUCAAGGUAGGGUUCCAUAUCAAAGCAUGCAUAAUGUAGUGCAUAUAGAUGAAAAAUGGUUCUAUAUGACCAGAGUAUCAGACAGGUAUUACCUCUUGCCGGAUGAGGAUGAGCCAUAUAGGUCAUGUAAAUCCAAGAGAUUCAUAACCAAAGUUAUGUUUAUGUGUGCUGUCAGUAGACCACAUUUUGGUCUUGAUGGGCAGGCAACAUAUGAUGGUAAGGUGGAAAUAUUUCCAUUCACUGAAGUUAUGCCAGCACAGAGGAGAUCAAAGAACAGGCCCAGAGGGACCAUGGAAACCAAGGCUAUCUAUUCAGUCACAAAGGAAGUGAUGAGGGACUGCCUUAUCAACAAGAUCAUACCUGCAAUAAAGGUCCAGUGGCCUGUUUGGGCAAGUAAAGAUAUUUACAUUCAGCAAGAUAAUGCAACCCCACACAUAACAGCCAUGGACCCAGAUUUUCAAGCUUCACUGCAGCAUGAGAAACCAUGCAAGACUGUGGAUGAACUUGUGGGGAAUGUGUGUUGCUCCUUUGCAGAGCUUUCACCACAAACUCUCAACAAAGUUUUCCUCAGUUUGCAGGCUUGCCUCACUGAAAUUAUACAGUGCAGGGGUGGAAAUGGCUACAAAAUUCCACACAUCAACAAGGAUAGGCUACAAAGAACUGUGGGACUGCCCAAUGUUCUUGAGGUGGAGGAGGAUGUUGUGAGAGAGGUGCUACAUUACUUACAAAUGCCAGAGAACAAUUAUGGGUCAAUGUAUGAAAUAGGCCCUCUGUCAAAUGCAUUUGGUCUCUAA